AGAGACGGGGGAGUGACAGUGUGGGCACACCGCUCAGCCAGGCCUUAUCUCUGUAAUAAACACUGAUCUCAGACCGAGCUACAUCUGCUAUCUGCGCACUUCCAUCGACAUUAUUUCAGGAUUGAAAGCGAUUCGUGGUCGCAAACUGCGAGACGAGAGCGAUAAUAGAGCAACGUGGCGGUGGGAUUUGCGAAGAUUACAGUCAAUAAAGUGCUCUGCACAAGACUGCCUCCUAAUCCCUGUGUGAAAGGGAUGGGCAGUGCACCGGCUGAAUCUGACUUUCUGCAAAAAGCUGGGAUGGCAGAGGCUCCCAUGUCAUGUGACUGUUUUGUUUCCUUGCCCCCUGGCUCUCGUGACGACCAUGUGAUUUUUGGGAAGAACUCGGACCGUCCCAGGGAUGAGGUGCAGGAGGUGGCUCACUUCCCUGCAGCAUGUCACCCUCCAGGCUCCAUGCUGGAGUGCACAUACAUCCAGAUUCCUCAGGUGGAGCAGACUCAUGCUGUCAUCCUCAGCAAACCUGCGUGGAUGUGGGGUGCAGAAAUGGGAGCCAAUGACCAGGGAGUUUGUAUUGGGAAUGAGGCAGUUUGGACCCGAGAGCCUGUUGCCCCUGGAGAGGCUCUCCUGGGUAUGGACCUGGUCCGACUGGGACUGGAGCGUGGUGACAGUGCCUGGGCGGCGCUGACUGUGAUCACUGGUCUACUGGAGCAGCAUGGCCAGGGGGGACAGUGUAAGGAGGAUCCGGAGCCCUUCAGCUACCACAACACCUUCCUUCUGGUGGACCGCAGUGAGGCCUGGGUCCUGGAAACUGCCGGGAAGCUGUGGGUGGCACAGAAGGUCACAGAGGGCGUGAAGAACAUCUCCAAUCAGCUGACCAUCUGCACUGAGAUCUCUGAGGAGCACCCAGAGCUGCGAAAUGUGGCCCAGGCUCAGGGCUGGUGGGACAGCGAAAGCGAGUUCAACUUCUCUCAGGUUUUCAGCCCUGAGAACCCACCUGCUCGGAUGGAGCUGGCCAAACAGCGCUACAAGGGAGGCACAGAGCUGCUCCAGCAACAUGACGGUUCAGUGACAGCAGAGGUGAUGAUGUCCAUUCUGAGGGACAAGCCCAGUGGCAUCUGCAUGGAUUCUGGAGGUUUCUGCACUACAGGCAGCAUGGUGUCUGUUCUGCCCAGGGACAAAAGCCUGCCCUGCAUCCACUUCUUCACUGCCACCCCAGACCCCUCCAGGUCUAUAUUCAAGCCUUUUAUCUUCUCGGACUGUUCCACUCCAGUGCUGAGGGUGGUUUCCCCACAGUUCGGCCCAGAUGACCCUGUGAGGAAGCAGCCUCGCUUUCAGAGCCAGGUGGACCGCAGACAUGACCUGUACAAGGCUCACCAGGUGGCGCUCAGCAACAUGGAGACUAACCCGGACCAGGGCUUAGCUGUCUAUGAGAUUCUGAGGGACCUGGAGUCGCAGUGUCUGAGUGAGAUUUCAGCCAUGCUGAGUGGAGAGAUACCGGGAGAGGAACUCGGGGACUUGUUUUUUGAUUGCGUGGAAACAGAGAUUAAGUUCUACCAGUGAGGAGUGCCCUCAGGUGGACGCCCCUAGCGCUCGCAGAAUGGCAGGAGGAAGGCCCUGGGACUGUUAAAACUCUGUGUUCCUUGUCUGAUUGGCCUCCGCCUUGCUCGCACAACACACAUGCCUGACACCAUUCCAUCAUUAACACAGACUAAAUGUCUAAACUGCACAUGUGAUUGGAGCAUAUUUAUCAUCUGUAUCACCCAGGGAGCAAUGACUGCACCUCAUUAGUGAGCAUAAUGAUGUAGACUACACUGGCGCCUAUGUAGAGCUGUGUGAUGUUGCCCACAUACUGUAAGUAUGGCAUUUGUUUAACAUUUUGUUUGUUGUUGCAAAUGAAUGGGUUGUCAUUUGUUUGAUGGCUUACUGUAGGGAAAGAUCUAAUAAAGAAUGUGCAUAGUC